GGGGUUCGGAGUGAUAUAGGAGCGGAGCAGUGUCAGUGACUGGCAGCACGCUGCACCACUGCACCACCACAACAGAACUCCAUCCUCUCCACAGAAAGCAUCAAGCCGUACACGCCCAUAGCACCCAAAGCAACAAAGCCGCAGUCCCCAGCGACAGAAGCAGCACCACACACGGCACAUCCUUUGUCGCGCCCUGCACCCAAGCCGCCCAAUCCGGCCUCGAGACAACAAAGACAAAGCCACGGCUCCUAGACAAAGACAAAGCGCCAUUCUUCGCAACCCACCCGCAUACGCUGAUGCCAGUGCCGGAAGCUAUAUCUGCCCACAAUCCAACAGCCUUUCUCUUUUCCAGCCAAUAUUUCACACUGUUGCAAAUCUUCACUGCUUCAUUGAAACCCCCCUACUUACUUAUCAGAUAUUGAUCUACAACUGUCAACAAGCACACUAAGUAACUGAAGCUCUAUAAUAAGCUCUUAGCAACUAUGCCGCCCCGCAAGUCCCACCACCAGAGCCAGCCGCGCAGGAAAUACCUAGCUAGAAGAGCCAAAGAGCGCGUACGCGGAUACGCACACGCAGGCGCCAGCCUCUCGCGCCGCAAUGACCCCUUACACGACGACGACGACGACGACGACGACGACAACAGCACGGCACCCGAAGUAGCCGACAACGAAACUCCAGACGCAGAGCCCAUCCCCCACGACGAGGGCAUUGGCAAAGCCCCCGAGCGCCUAGAUAUGCCAGGCCUGGAGUCGGCGCCGCCAGAACAGCCGGCCGCGCCCUCCCGCGCUGCCGUCCUCCUCCCUAUGCAGCACGCGCUGCAGACGUUGACGCAGCGGCUCGACACCCUGCACGCGCAGAUUGGGGCUGCGCCGACGCCGCUGGCUGCGCAUGCGUACUUGCCUUCUAUCUACGCGACGCUGCAGCGCCUCGACAUCUGGCAUGUAGCGAGCAUGCACGUUUUUGCGCGCGAGGGGUACGACAGCGAGGUGCUGGUGCGGCAGCGCGAGGAGUGGCGCCGGCAGGUCCUGCUGAUGCUGGGGAUGCUGAGACAGUGGGCUGUGGCGCAGGGUUUGUUGAUGCAGAGCGGGGAACGGGUCGUAUUUGAGGAGGAGAGGAAGGAGGUGCAGGAGGAGGGAGAAUGGUUGGAGGGCUUUUGUAGGUGGGUGAGGAAGGUUUGUGACUUUGGGGAGGAGGAGUGGGAGCGUUUGGUUGGGACGGACGAGUUGUUGGAUCAGGUUGAUAAGGUAUUCGGGGAUGAGCAUGAGGAUGAAGGGUAUGAGAAUGCAGAGGGGGUUGAGGAAGGAGAGGUUAUUAAGGUGAAAGACGGUAUUAAGGAAAAAGAGGGUGUCAAGGAAGCAGAGGGAGUUGAAGAAGUAGUAGUAAGUGAAGAAGUAGGAGUAGGCGGAGAGGUGGGAGUAGGUGAAGAGGAAGGGUAUGAUGAAGGUUUGGAGUGGGAUCCUCAGCUAUAUUCAGAGGAAGAGGAGGUUAUUGAUAAUAAACGGGAGGAUGAUGAAAAACAAGGGGUUCAGAAUGAAGUAGAGAAGGAGAAACUCAUAGCUGCGAAAGAGGAAGAAGUGUCUGAUUUUGAAUUGGAUUUAGAGCCGAACGAGUCCGAGGAAGAUUAAUGGAAUGAUGAAGCUGAGGAGGCGUAUUGAGCUGAGAUAGAAAUAAUGGAAAUUUGUUGUGUUUCCGGGUUGGUUCUGCGUUGACAC